UUAGAUAUAGAAAUAUUAUGUCGUCUUAUGCAUGGCAGGGAAUAUUUCAUCAUAGUGUAUUUCAAAUUUUUGGAACUUUUGCUGUUCUUUUCUGGGCGUGUAUUCCAAUUAGAGGUUUUAUUAAUGGGAGUGAAAAAAAAUUACCCUUAGAUGGCUGGUAUCCAUAUGAUGUUAAUAAUAAUUUAGCCUUUAUUCUUACUUGGACACAUCAAGGGGUGGCCAUUGUUCUCUGCUGCAUUAAUGAUCUAGCUACUGAUUCUUUUAUCACCGGUUUGAUAAAUGUUGCUUCGUGUCAAUUUGAAUUACUAAAAUGGAAUUUUGCUGCAUUGGGAAAUAAUUUGGAUGAACAAAAUCUUAUGAUAAACUUGAAAGAAAAUUGUAAUAAUAAUAAUAAUAAUAAUAAAAUUAAUAAGAAAUUACAUGAAUGUAUAAAACAUAAUUUGGCUAUUUUUGAUUUUAUUAAGGAAAUUCAAAAUAUAUUCAGUACUGUUAUUGGUUUACAAUUAUUUGUAAGCUGCUUUAUUAUUUGUUUAUCAAUUUUUUAUCUCUCGCAGUUAACAACAUUCAAUCCAGCGGAAAUAAUUGGUAAUGGUGCAUAUAUUUUGUGUAUGACAUAUCAAAUUUUUAUUUACACUUGGCAGGGGAAUGAAUUGUAUCUACAGAAUGAAGCUUUGGCUGGUGCAAUUUAUAUGGGAAGUUGGUGGAAACUUGAUUCACGUUUUAGGCGUAAUUUGCAUAUUAUAAUGUUGAGAACACAAAAGCCACUUAUUUUAACUACCAAGUUUUUAAUUACCUUAACAAUUCCAACAUUUAUGUCAAUAAUUCAAACGUCAUACUCGAUGUUUACACUUCUUCACAGGAAGAAUUUAUAAUUAAAAGAAAAAAAAUAAUUUAUUUUUAUAAUUCCAACAUCCAUUUGAAUAAAGUUGAAUUUUAUUAUUUGUGUGUAUUAUGUGUUGCUGAGAGUAUAAUGAGAAUUUAUCUAUUAUGAUUUUACAAUGUUUUUAAAUC